AUGUUGAUCAAAGUAAAGACCCUGACCGGUAAAGAGAUCGAAAUCGACAUCGAACCCACGGACAAAGUGGACCGGAUCAAAGAACGGGUGGAAGAGAAAGAAGGCAUCCCUCCCCAGCAGCAGCGGUUGAUCUUUUCCGGCAAACAGAUGAACGAUGACAAAACUGCCCAGGACUACAAGGUUCAAGGUGGUUCUGUUCUACAUCUGGUGUUGGCAUUAAGAGGAGGAUCUCUGUGA